AUCGCGUUGUAAACAGCCAGCGAAAGGCGGGGUUUGGUUAUUUAACAGUAGGUUGCGCCCAGCGCGACUUUUAUAGGUUUUAGUUAGAGCUGUCGCGCGGCUGUUUUAGCUUGUUUUGAGCCGCUCAUUCCUCCACCAGCUGUUCCUGAAAUAAACAGACUUCGGGCUGUGUUUCCUGAGAUCGCGGCGGAGUCCGGCGCUGUAUAACUGAGGUGUAGAAGCCCUGGAUUGAUGCUCUGCUCGCUGGCUGUAGCGCUGCAGGGACUGGCGGCGGUGGCGGGAAGCGACUGAGCGGCUAAUCAGUGUAGCUGCAGCCUGAGCUCCACAGACAGCCGAGAACAUCCAGAGGGAAUGAACCACAAGAGCAAGAAGCGAAUCAAAGAAGCCAAACGGAGCGCCAGGCCUGAGCUGAAGGAUUCCGCCGACUGGAUAAAACACAACUACUGCGAUACUUUCGACCUGUCGCACCGGACAGUGAAGGAUAAUGUGGAGCGAGUGGAUGCCCUGCAUCUAAGUCCAGAAGAGUUCAUCCAGCGAUUUGAGAAGCCCUAUAAACCCGUAGUUCUGCUCAACUGCCAGGAGUCAUGGCCCGGCCGGGAGAAAUGGACCCUGGAACGGCUCAAACGCAAAUACCGCAACCAGAAGUUCAAGUGUGGCGAGGACAACGACGGUUACUCUGUGAAAAUGAAGAUGAAAUAUUAUGUAGAGUACAUGGAGAGCUCGCGAGAUGACAGCCCACUCUACAUCUUCGACAGCAGCUAUGGUGAACAUGCCAAACGCCGCAAGCUGCUGGAGGACUAUCAGGUGCCUGUCUUCUUCAGAGAUGACCUCUUUCAGUUUGCUGGGGAGAAGCGACGCCCACCAUACAGGUGGUUUGUGAUGGGCCCUGCUCGCUCUGGAACGGGCAUUCACAUAGAUCCACUGGGCACAAGUGCCUGGAACGCCCUAGUUCAGGGCCACAAGCGCUGGUGCCUCUUCCCUACUCACACACCCCGCGAGCUCAUCAAGGUGACCCGAGACGAGGGCGGCAACCAGCAGGAUGAAGCGAUCACGUGGUUCAGCGUGAUCUACCCUCGCACGCAGCAGCCCACCUGGCCUGCAGAAUUCCGACCCCUGGAGAUCCUGCAGCAUCCUGGAGAGACGGUCUUUGUUCCUGGAGGCUGGUGGCAUGUUGUCCUCAACUUGGAUACAGCCAUUGCAGUCACUCAGAACUUCGCCAGUACCACCAACUUCCCCAUUGUCUGGCAUAAGACUGUUCGUGGUCGGCCUAAACUCUCCAGGAAGUGGUACAGAAUUCUAAAGCAGGAGAGACCAGAUUUGGCAUCCCUUGCGGACAAAGUGGACCUGCAGGAGUCCACAGGCAUUGCUUCAGACAGCUCCAGCGACUCCUCCUCCUCCUCCUCAUCCAGCUCCUCUGAUUCAGACUCUGAGGCUGAGUCAGGCUCGGAGGGCGAUGCCAUGGCCCACCGCAGGAAGAAGCGGAGAACCUGUAGCAUGAUGGGAAAUGGCGACAUCUCCAGCCAAGAUGACUGUGUGAGCAAAGAACGAAGCUCAUCACGGUGACAUCCUGUUGCUCCUGUUGAUCCCACUGGAGCAGCUUGUAAUUCCAGGGGAGUCUCCCAAGACACUCUUUUUCUCUCUCCUCUCUGUCUCUCGCUGUCUUUCAUUCACCCCCUGGUGCCUCUCGAGGUUAGAGGUCUGCUGCUGAGGUUUGUCCACUUGAUGGCACAGUCUGUUCCUGUUUGCUGUCUCAAUCUGUCAUUAAUGGGCUUUUAGUUUAAAAAAAAGACUGAUGGAAGGAAUACCUAAUGCUACUGUUUGUUUGGCCAGACUGGACUUGUGAGUCUGACUGAUGGGUUGCCUUUGCUGAACAGCAGGCUUUAGGGUCACAGGCUCUUACAAUCAUGUUUGGCAGCAGGUAAACUGAUUCAAAUUCUUUGAUUAUAAUGACGUGGUGUUGAUGUGUUCAUCCUCCACAAUUCACUUCUACAGUUCUACUGCAGCAGGUUUCUUAAGCUGUGAAGUUGCCUUUUAUUAAAUUUCCCUCCUGCUCAUUUAGUAGCAUUUGUUUCUAACGCAUUUGGAUCGUUCUGUGUAUUUAAGACAAUACUAGCAUUUGAUUUGUUUGAGAACACACAUGAACAGUGCUUUUAAUGCCAUAAAAUGGUAACAUUGAUCUGUGAAAUUCAGCAUGAUUUUAGAAUUCUUAUCAUAAUGACUUUGCAUUUAAAAUUCUUAGUGGUGUGCCUGCAAAACAAGUUGUUCAUGAUGAAGCGUUCACAUAUCUGGGUUUUGACUGUUCUAGAGGUCUGAUUUGUUGUUGAUAAGAAAGCUAUCAGACUUGGGCUGUGUAUUUCUAAUUAUUCAAUGAUCCACUAGUCAGACAUGCUUCAGAAUUAACUACAGUUUUUAAUUAGUAUUUAAUCAGUUCUGUUCCCUAGUUUUAGGGUUUGUAGAAGUAGAAAUUCUUAUCAAAGCAGAGCUGCUUUAAACGUUCAGUGCUAUUAAUGGGACGGUUCAGCAAAGAAUGAAGUUUACACAAUUUUCACAUACCCCAGGUAUGGUUAAUCAGCCAGGACAUGGUUUGGUGCCCGGUUUUGCUCAUCAAGUUUAAGUUUGCUCACAGAGGCUAACAAAUUGUGAACUUUUCUGUGAAUAGAUUUCCCUCAAACUGCUCAAACAGUAUCCAGGUAAUCAUUAGAUGUGUAAUAAAUUGUCAGUGUGGUUUAGGAUACAGAAUAGUUUACUGUGAACAAACCCUUUUGCUUUAGCUGAAAUCUGAGUGUUAAUAACAGAACCACACAUACUUGCUAAGUAAAUAGAAAAUAUUUAACCACUUUUUUUAUUUAAAGUGUAAAGAGUUGGAAUAAAUAGCAGGAAUUAUGGAUUUAUUGAGUUUCACAGAAUUUAACUAAUAUUCUUAAUAUUCUUUACCAUAGAUUUACCAUAUUCCUUAAAUCAGAGCCAUGAUGUGGAGUAAUGAAGCAGCAACAAAAACUAUACAAUUAAUCGUGCAAACAAUACUUUAUUUCACCCCUACGGUUGACCUUGGUUUAAGUUCACAAUAAGUCUUUCUGUGGCCUGAAAUACAUUCUGCUUACUACAUUAACCUUGAUGCAAACUGAAGAAGCAAAAUUGGGUGAUCAAAUGUGCCUGUGGUUGCCUGACUAACUACAUCUAGGGUAGGUGGAUGUUUGUAAAUGUGAUUCUUGUUUUCCUACAUUGCUUUAAUUCCUGCAGUAUUAAAAAUGUCGAGGGUGGGAAGACUGGGCCUGUGGGAAUAAUUGAAUCUGGUGUACUUAAAGAAAAAAUUAUUAAGUUAAUUACCAGAUUUUGUAUCCAGCCCUCAGAUCUCUGAUCCUGUCUAAAAGAAGGCUCUUAAUAUUUGAAUCUAAACAGUGCAACUUUUGUUAUUUUGAAAUUAUUAUUUUGAAGUCGCUCCAAUUCUAAUUUAGCACUUUGUGUAACUGAAGAGUUUAAAGAGGGUAAAUCACCUGACUUGGCUGUCUCUUGAAAACUGAUUCUAUUAUUGUAGGCACACCAAUCUGGAACCUGACAUAUAAAAUCUAGUUUUAACUUUAUGGAGAAAUUAAUUAAUUAUCAGUGAGAUCAGUUUGGACAGAAUAGUUGUAGCUUUUUUUCAGUUUGUCAGCUCAGAUAUUUGAAAUGAAUGACAUUGAACACUAGGUGGCAGCACAGCAUGUAGGUUUAGUCUACAGCAGAGAUAUUCAGACUCGGCAAAAAGCCGAUGUGUGCUACAUGUUUUCAUCAUAGCCAAACUGGAGAUCACAUGAAUGUUUGGGAUGAAACCCUACAGUUACCCUGAGGCUGAAUUUUAAAACUGGUAGUCCAGUAGCAGACUGCAGAUGAAAUGUUAAUAAAAUAAAAUAACACCACCAAUGUAACCUGUUAGUUUUUAAGGUCUGCUGUGAGCAGGGUUUAGUGUGUGUGAGUUAAACUGUGGAGACUGAAUAACUGAAGAAUAACUGCUAUCAGUGCAGGAUUAAGAUAAUCAGCCAUGUGUUGUAAUGUGUGUUGAUGUCUCUAAUGAAAUCUGUUCUUGUUCUUAAUCUGAUUACAUGUGUUCUGUGUGGGACAAAAUGCUUCACUUGAAAAUGUGUGUGACCAUAUGUAUAUUGUGUGUAUAUGUAUGGAUUUGUCUCCCCUGCAAAAAAGUGCCUAUUUGUGCCUAAUGGUGCUGUCGCCACUUUAACUGUAAGGCUGCUUACUGCAAACCUGCACCAGCCUCACAUUGCCACGUUGACUUUUAAAGGAAUACUCCUGUGUUUUCCCUGUCUGAGGGCGUUUUCACACCUGUAGUUGGUUUGCUCUGGCUGAAUCACUUUAAGAGGUUGUAAAAUUUGGUGUGAUUUGUUUACGGACAAGAAAAAAAUCCAAGCGCCCUACCAUUAAUUACAACCAACCAUGCGAGAACAUUCUCUGCUGAUUGGUCGGACCUGUCCGGAGGGAGCAAGAAAGUAAACACAGGAAAAAGAUCCUGUGUUCUAUUCUAGUACAUAUUUUACUGCUAUUUAGCACUGAACAGCAGACGAGAUGGCAUUUUUAAUAGCUCUGGUAGUUACCUGGGUAAUAAAUCAAGUUAAAAUGCAUCUGAACAGCCGUUAAGCUGUUAAACCACCCAUGUAUGCUCCAGAGUUAGGUUGGGACCAAUUCGAGUGGGGUUGUUUUGGUCCGCAUCCAAAAGUAAUUACUGUAUUUACGCCUUCCCUAAUGAAUUACACCAAGUCCAGCUUAACCAGACUGAAAAAGGCUGUGUGAAAACACCCCUACAAAAAAAAUAUUAUUUCCAAACUUGAUGAUUUGUAAUGUUUUCUGUGUAAAGUUUUCUUUUAAUGCCACCAAUUUUUGAAGCACAAAUCAGAAUAUGAAUUGUGUUGCUUCAUCCAGUUUACAGGCAGGCUAACUGGCCCAUGUCACUCAAUGUAUGUUUACUGUUAACCUUUAACAUUUAUUAUGUUACUCAUAAUUAUCAAUGUAAACUAUUUAAAAUAUACUCUACUGUACUUGAAAAAAUGAUGCUUCAAAUUGUUCUUCAAGCAGUGCCGUUGAAGAAACAAUUUUGGCUCUAUAAAGAGCCAUAUUUGUAUUAGUUAGUGAAGAAGAAUCAUUUAAUGAUCUGAAGGAUCUUCAUCUGAUGUAAAGGUUCUUAACCAUUUUAGAAGUUCUUCUUUUCACAUCUCUACACACAUAGUUGUAUGUGGAAGCAAAUGUUUUGAUGACAUCACUGAAAGAAAGUAGAAGCAUCUUUAUUUUUACAAUGUAAGUGGAUAAUCGAGUUAGCUAAUAAUGUUAAAGGUAAACAGUGAACUUACAUUUGUGUGACUGGAGUAUAAGCCUUCCUGUAGCACAGAUGUGGUAACAUUAAUCAUGUUUGAGUGUACUGUACUGCCUAUGAAACUUAAUCUCAUCUGACAAAACGUCAUGUUUAAUUUGGGGUGUCUUGUUUUUAGACUGAAAUGGCACUUGUGAGCUAAAUGUGCACAAAAAAUAUAAUUUAAAAUGGAUUUGGAGCACUUUUUGUUGAGCGUGAUUAAAUCCUAGUUCCUAAUAAGAGCAGGGCGCAGACUACAGUGUAGCAGCAUGACUUCAGUGGUUUGGUCUGUAGGUAAUUUCUUCAGAGAUCAAGUUAAUCACAGGAGUAUUUCUUUAAAUUAGGACUCUUUGUACUGUGGCCAUGGUUAUGUUCUGUGUGCGUGGUUUGGGGGGCUAAAGAAAUAAAGAUGUAAAAAAGUGACAGCCAUCCAGCCAUUUCAGGGUCUUUCAGUCUUACUUGCGAGUCUUCAGUUCAGUCUCAUAUGUGCCGUUGUUUUAAGACUGAGGCGUGGUAACUUGGGGCUCUUGUCAUUUUACCUGUUCAGCGCUGUCAUGGAGCCCGGGGCCAAACACACAACGCUCUUGGUCCUCUGGGCUUUCAGUGUGAAAACCAAUGACACCUUGUGUUGCUUUGGUGAAAGCAAUCAGAUCAAUAUUGUUAAUUAUUUGAUUUAAUAAAGCUUUCUAUGUAUUUA